AUGGCCGGCGCCAGCAAGGGGUCGUCGGCGACCUCGUCGCUGCUGCUCCUCGCCAUCGUCCUCGCCGCCUCCGCGGCGCUCGCCUCGGCCGAGGAAGGCAACGCGCUGCUCGUGCUCCCGUCUGCCCGGGCAGCUUGGUCGUCGUCGCUCCAGCACCAGCACCACCCGUGCAUGGACAACCCGCCGGACAUGACGGCCACGGGUGCCGAGGCGGGCCAGACCGUGCGCGACUUCCACGGCGUCGAGGCCUACCUCACCAGCUCACGCAGCGCCCACCGCGCCAUUGUCCUUGGCUCCGACUACUACGGGUUUGAGGCACCGAAACUAAGACUGCAGGCCGACGCAGUUGAAAAGGUGCAGCCGCUGGUUGCUGCUCUGAAGAAGGUCGGCGGUUACUGCUGGGGUGAGAUCAAAUGCCACAUCGUGGUACUCGGAGGCGAAUAUGAUACGCGUUCGCCGCCACAGCUGGUACAACAGUUUCAGCGUGUCCUGGAGCAAAACAAGGCGAUCGACCACAUGGUGAAGAUCUUCCCGAGGGUUCCCCAUGGUUUCGCCUGCAGAUACAACUCCAGUGACCCGUUCGCCGUGAAGACCGCGGAGGAAGCUCGCGAGGACAUGGUCAGCUGGUUCAACAAGCAUCUGAAGCACUGA